CCACCUUCCGGCCGAAUGCAGCUGAGAUUUGGCUCCAGCACCCUCGCGACCCCGUAAGGGACAAGCGGUAGACAAUGAUGGAUGGACAUUUACAAAAGUGGGUUGUUUUUUAUUUUAUUGUUAUUUUCUUUAGAAAAAUCUUUAUUUAUAAUGUUUAACAUUUACAAACAAGCAAAGAAACAAUAAUAAUCAAAACAAGUACAGAAACAGUACAAAAACAGAACAAUACAGCGCCAGGGGCAAAAGAGAAUGUUUUGUUGGUUUCCGACAAAUAAAGUUGUCGCGAAUGACGUCACUUCCGGUGACGCGCGGUUCUGCGAUUGUCCCUAAUGUGUUGCCGUAGUUUGUCCCUAUGGCUUCCUCGUAGCGAAAAGCUAACACGCUUCUGACAGAAAUGGCACACAAAUAAGUUGUGUAAUAAUUAACAAGAUGACUGCGGAAAUAAUUUCGCUUCUGAAUGUGCUCACAAAACCUAGUAGUGAGGCAUCCGGGCUUGAUGCAAAGUUGUCGAAGGAAGAGGUGCUUCAAGCAGCACUGCUGGCCAACAGAGAUGCUCUCUUGGAGCGGCUGCACAGUGACAGCAGCUUGACGGAUGUGAGGCGUUUUAGAGAGGAGGUGCUGGCCGGGGCAAGAUGGUUCUUAAAUGACACCGAAGAUGUGAUGUGGUGCUUUGUCCAAGAGUGUCUCCUGUUGCUUCUCACCUUAGCACGCCACCUUUCUGCUGAACUUGAGCUUUUCAAUCGAACACAUUCUAGCCCUGCCACCAAACUACACACACCUGAGAUGGCGCCACCCUUACCUCCAGAUGUGCUCAGUGUCACCCAGCAGAAAACACUUGGCUCAGUUCUUCAGUUUGUGGUUUCUUUAGGGCUCUGCCCGUACUUGGCUCCCGGAGUAGGCGUACCUCUGGGUCACAGGUCAGCAUUUGGUGCAAUGCUGGAAAAAAUGAUAUGCUCUCAAGCAGCUGCCGUGGCGCAACGCCGGCUCCAGACCACGACAAAUGUCUUGUUGCAAUGUGCUGAGCAGUCAUCUCUCGCUACACUGGUUUUCACCCGGCACCUUGGAGAUGUGAUGGCCGCGCUCUGUCAGCUUGGUUACCAGCCACAGCUGUCCGAGGGGAGCACCACAAAGGAUGUUAAGGAGCUCCAUGAAGAGGAGGAACGCAGAAACUGCCAGGAGACUUUGAAAUGUCUUUUGGGGAAAGUCUAUCAGCCAGUUGUAAUCAAAGAACUCCUCAUAUUACAAGGUGGAAACAAACAGUCUGGGACAGUAGGAAGCUCCAGUGGUUCCAAAGACAGAAGAACUCCGAGCUGGCUAAGGCGACUAUGUGGUCAUUUGCUCUCUGAGCGUCUGAUGCAGCCGAAUGGGGUUCGGGCUGUCAUUAGGGCCAUCCUGGAGGGAGGAACAGGGGGUGAGUCAGACUGGAGGAAAUGUGACGGUAUAGCCAGGAUCCUGGCAGCAUGCCCCCAGCAGUCCACAUCAGCUGACACUUACUAUAGGCAAAUCUGUUCUCAGAUCCUGGAUCUCCUGCACCUUAAAGGCAAGCUUACAGCCCAGCAGUUCCAGCGAGUGGCCACUAGGACGGUUCUGUACUUGUUGCAAGAGAAGCCCACUUUUGCUCAGCCAUACUUUCUGGUUCCUCUGUUGAGUCCUCUCCAUCGCUGCAUUACUGCUGCUGAUGUUAACUGCCAAGUUGUUGUGGAGGAAUGGGAGCUGAUGCAAUGUGUGGAGGACAUCAACAAGAUCUGGGUGGUGGGCAACAUGCCGUCAACCCUCCUCCUCAAAGCGUUAGAAGAAGUUCUACCUGUUGUCUUCACACUCUUCUGUUUCACCAAGCAGAACGUCUCCAACCUACGAGUGCCAUGUCAGGAUAUUUUGCUGUGGUAUCUCAGCCACAUGGAGAGCUCCACAGCACUAUCAGUACUCAGGCAACUCUCAGGUCUUCAGGCGCAUGCUGAAGUAGCAGCAGGUUUUAGUUUCACCCCUGGCAGCUGUGGUGGAGUCCAACUUAGUUGCAGAGAUGACUGCAGCGAUGAAGAUAACGCUUUGUAUGAGAAGCUGUCUGGAGAGCAAUGGAGGUUGGAGUGUCUAACGGACCUGUUGGCUCAACUCAAAGAUAGUGAUGUGCCUGGAGACUUCUUCCUGGACUUGUUACAGGAGUUAACCAGGUGGACAACAGUAGCAGCAGAAGAAGAGGAGGAAGAUGGACAACAGUUAAACAUAUCAGCCAUGACGCUCCUGGAGGCGGAGCAGCAGGGCUGCGUCGCAAGGCAAGCCUACACACUUGCUUUGCUUCAAGUGCUGGCAAUAAUGGUGGAGACCCUGCAGCAUACUGUGCUGUUGAAAAAAAACAUACAGGUAGUCGGCUUUAUAGUAUCCCUGCUUGAAAGGGCUUGCAUUGGUCUGGAUCAGACUAGUUGUCUCAGUAUUGGAAAACCAAUAGAGAGCCAAACACUGACUAUGGGGAUGGGACUGGUGGCUACUCUGCUAUCUGAACCACAGCUCAGCGUGGAGCUCUAUUCCUCCAUGUCAAGGCUGCUCCAGCCACUGGGAACUCUAUCCCAGAAACACCCAGAGCUUUUCAUCCAAGAGCUGGCCUCCAACUUAAGAGCUGUCAUUGCUACCCAGGGUGCUUACCGUCCAGAUAACCUCUCUACUCGUGCUGCUCCAGGCUCCAAAGACAGUGGGAUGUCAUCAAAGGACAACUACAUGCCCAAUAAUAAGACAGAAACAAAGGAAUCACAGACUCUUUCUGUCAACCACGUGCACAAAAAUUCUGUUACCAGACAAUCAGCAUCCUUUGGGGACUCUGUGACAAGUCAAAUUUCACAUCCCUCGAAGAGAUUUUCUGAUUGGUUACUAGAGGCGUGUGACCCUGACAUUCCAACCAAAGCAUUUGCUCUAAGGACUUUAACCCAAAAGGUGCAAAGCAACGAUCCAGAGACUCUACAAGACGUGGAGAGAGUCCUUAUUCUCUUCCUUGAAAACUUGGAACAUGAGGAGUCUUUCAUCUACCUGUCAGCUAUUCAAGGACUUUCUUCUUUGGCUGAUUCCUACCCUGAAAGGAUCCUUAAAAGACUCCUGAGAGACUUUCAACAUGGUCCUUCACUCUCGACCUCCAACAAGUAUCAGUCCUUGGAGUUUCGCCUAAAAAUGGGCGAAGUCUUAAUGAGGGCAAGCAGAGCUAUGGGCGAUUUGGCGCCGCACCUGGGUCAUCCCCUGGUGGCUGUGUUCCUGAGAGGAACGAGAGACUCGGACCAAAGCGUCCGGGCCAGCAGUCUGUCUAACCUGGGGGAACUCUGCCAGAGAUUAGACUAUGCCCUCGGUCCACUGGCUCAGGAGCUGAGCUCCUGUUUAACUGCUGUGAUAAAAACCGAGAAGGAAGCAGAGGUGAGGCGAGCUGCAGUCCAUGUUAUUACCCAGCUGAUCCGAGGCCUUAGUCACAAAACCACUCAGGUCCUCAGGGAUGUUUUGUUGGAUCUGUACCGAGCGCUAAAGUGGGUGGUUCGCUCCGACCCAGAUGAGGUCACGGUGCUUCAUGCCCAGCUGGCUCUGGAGGAGCUAGACGCCGUUAUGAGAAGCCUCAUCUUUCCCAAGCAAAAGUUGGAAAAGAAGAUUGUUGUCCUGCCUUAAAACUGUUUUUGAAUUCUUAUGCUUCCAGCACCAGUUUUGCCUUAAGUUAUGUACAUUAGUAUCAUAGCAAAAAGUGGCCAGACAGAAGUACGUCUUUAGUAUUGCUGCGUGGUUUGCUUUGGAAUGAUGUAUUACCUACAAGCAUGCUUGCAAAAGUUGCAAACCUUUAAUCAGAAUUUACAGCAAUGACGUUGAAAUUUGCAAGUUUGUCUACAAAUAGAGCAUAAUUGUUGGGGGGAAACAUCAUGCAGAAUAAUCAUGACUAGGGAUGUCCGAUAAUGGCUUUUUGCCGAUAUCAAUAUUCCGAUAUUGACCAAACCCUUAAUUACCGAUACCGAUAUCAACCGAUACCAAUAUAUACAGUCGUGGAAUUAACACAUUAUUAUGCCUAAUUUGGACAACCAGGUAUGGUGAAGAUAAGGUCCUUUUAAAAAAAAAAUAAGAUAAGAUAAAUAAAUUAAAAACAUUUUCUUGACUAAAAAACAAAGUAAAACAAUAUAAAAACAGUUACAUAGAAACCAGUAAUUAAUGAAAAUUAAUCAAAUUAACUGUUAAAGGUUAGUACUAUUAGUGGACCAGCAGCACGCACAAUCAUGUGUGCUUACGGACUGUAUCCCUUGCAGACUAUUGAUAUAUAAUUUAGGAACCAGAAUAUUAAUAACAGAAAGAAACAACCCUUUUGUGUGAAUGGGGGAGGGAGUUUUUUGGGUUGGUGUACUAAUUGUUAGUGUAUCUUGUGUUUUUUAUGUUGAUUUAAUUAAAAAAAACAAAAAACUAUUACCGAUAAUAAGAAAAACGAUACCGAUAAUUUCCGAUAUUACAUUCUAAAGCAUUUAUCGGCCGAUAUUAUCGGACAUCUCUAAUCAUGACUAUACAGGGGUGUAUAUGUUUUGUAUAUUGGGCUGAAUAUACAAAAUGAAUACAAAUACCACAUAUUUUUGUUAAAAUAUUGUAUUUACAUCUAUUCAGGACAUUUCUCUGCUUUUCCUGAGGGUAUAGCAUCACCCCCACUUUUUUAGUGUUUCUCCACUGUUCAGUCAUUUUGAACAUAUUUAAAAUACAUUUUGUAUUGAAACUGUCUAAAUGUCAUAUCUUUGGGUGGGUUGGGAAGUCUUGAUCUGAGGAAGGGCUUUGUUUUAAUCAUACCCUCCAUUAUUUCUCUGGGUUUUGGGGGGUGUAGUUGUUGAGACGACAUAAGGAUAAGUUCUCAGAAAAGUAAGCAAUAUUAAAGAACAAAAACAUUGAACAAAUUACCUUUUCAACAUACAAAUUACCACCAUGCUGCAAAAAUGUACCAAACCAGGUGUUCAAAGUCACUCAUUUAAGUCUGCAAAACCUCACAGACAAACUAAACAUUUACGCUGAAGAUAUAACAAUUCUACCAAAAAAUAAAACAAUUACUCUCAAGGGACGUAUUUUAAAAAUUACACUGGCUAAAGCACAUUAAAGAUUUGUUUCUAAAGUUGCGAUGACAAAAUUCUGGGGAGUCUGUUUAAUGCUAAAGUGGAGAGCGACAACACUGCGCUAAAUAAACAUUCUCGAAUGACUUUUGGGGUUUGAACUGACUCAUGAGACAUUCCUUCUUUUGUCCUCCCAUCAUGCCGCUCGUCCAUGCAGUGAAUGAAGCGCAACCUCGCCUGUUCUCCCUCGGAGGGCAAACAUGGCAGUCUUCGGCCUCGUUUCCAUGGAUUUGUCCCUCAACACAGAAUCCAGGCUUUCUGCAGGCUUUUCAAAUGCAGACUCUUUCAGGCUGCUGGCAGAUUUAGUCCUCUCUAAAAUAUCACUAAACCCGGCUCUUAAAUCAAAGCUGUGUUCACAAUGGGGGUUUGCUAUUGUUCUGUUGGUUUGGAGCUACAGCUGACCACUUUAGCAGAUAUACACUUGCACUCAAAAUUCUUCAACCCAUUUUUAAAUUACAGUCAUUUUCAAAAUCUCCAACUAAUAAAAAAAAAAAAGUGACUACUCGUAUAUUAAAUGUGUUGAAGUAGUUCAAGUGGGUUUGUUUAUUCAAAUUACAGUAAGACUGAGACACAACAAAGUUCCAACUGUGGGUUUGUUUGCACAGAAGGACAAACUUCUAUGACCUCUGACCUUACAAGUAUUCUGCAUUAAUAGGAAAAAUUGUCAAUAAAAUUUCAGUGGCAAAAUAAAAUCCUUGUCUAUAUAGUUUAGUGCAGGCCUGGGCAAUUAUUUUGACUCUGGGCCAAAUUUAGAGAAAAAAAUGUGUCUGGGGGCCGGUAUAUCUAUUUAUAUAUCUAUGUAUACAUAUAUACACACACACACACACAUAUAUACACUACCGUUCAAAAGUUUGGAGUCACCCAAACAAUUUUGUGGAAUAGCCUUCAUUUCUAAGAACAAGAAUAGACUGUCGAGUUUCAGAUGAAAGUUCUCUUUUUCACAAAUGUGAUGCUCCAGAAACUCACUCUGCUCAAAGGAAGGUCAGUUUCGUAGCUUCUGUAACGAGCUAAACUGUUUUCAGAUGUGUGAACAUGAUUGCACAAGGGUUUUCUAAUCAUCAAUUAGCCUUCUGAGCCAAUGAGCAAACACAUUGUACCAUUAGAACACUGGA